UUGCCAACGUGGUCGCAAAGGCAUGAGUAUAUAAAGCAGCGGUCUGAUCCCAACCAUACACGGAUCUUAACAACCGAUUACCAUGAAGAUUGCUCUAAGCUGCGUUGUGGCACUUGCCUGUCUUGCUUUGGCCAAUGGAGAGGAGUGCAGGGACACCGGUGACUGUGGUCACGUGACCUGCCCGGAGAACGACUACGUGCUGGAGUGCCACAACCGCCAGUGCACGUGUACACAUACCUCGGCCAGGUGUUCCCUCGCAUCCGACUGCAGUGGAAACCGAUGCGACCGUGACUGGCACUGCGUGGACGGCGCGUGCCGCUGUGGUUUUGGAUUCGGCGGGCAAGGCCGAUAGAUGGCGCUAUUCAACUUAGCUUGUUUAUGUUUCUGUUGACAAAUAAAACAAUCGUUAUAUUA